CGCCGCCCCUUUGGGAGAGGAAUUUUGAUUCUUUGUCUCAAACUUCAUUCUUGCGACUUGUCAAUUGCAGCUUAAUCUCCGAUCAUUCUUGUCGAUUGUUGAUUCAGGCUGGUUGGGUGAAUCCUCGUCUUCGUCCCCCUCAAUCCCGUAUCUGUCGUCAUAGCCUUAUCAUCUCUCCCUCUCCGCUUCUUAUCCUGAUUGUGCCUGGCACAAGGGGUAAUUCCAUCCAUCAUCGUCACCAACUACAGAACAAUUCUCUUGUAAUUCACAAUGGCAGCUGUCUUCCGCUCCAGCCUCAAGCUUCGCUCGACGACGCGCCUGUCGGCCGUCCGCUCCCUCAGCACCACUGCCCACCUGCGGGCUGCUGAGAAGCCUUUCUUCUCCGAUGAGCCGACCGCUCCCAAGUUGGCCACCGCUAUUCCCGGCCCCAACAACAAGGCUGCUGCCCAGAAGCUGGACCAGGUGUUCGAUGUGCGCAGCUUGAACAUGCUGGCUGACUACUACAAGUCUACUGGAAACUACAUUGCCGAUCUCGACGGAAACCUUCUCCUCGAUGUCUAUGCCCAGAUUGCCUCCAUCCCCGUUGGUUACAACAACCCUCACCUUCGCAAAGUCGCCGAGUCUCCGGAAAUGGUCAAUGCCUUGAUCAACAGGCCCGCUCUGGGUAACUUUCCUUCCCACGACUGGGCCGAUAUCUUGAACACUGGUAUCCUCAAGGUCGCUCCUAAGGGUCUCAACCAGGUCUUCACUGCCCUGGCUGGUUCUGAUGCCAACGAGACCGCCUACAAGGCUGCCUUCAUGUACUAUCGUCAGCGCGAGCGUGGUGGCCCUGAGAAGGAGUUCACCGAGGAGGAGUUGCAGACUACUAUGACCAACCAGUCUCCCGGCUCCCCUCAUCUCUCGAUCAUGUCCUUCAAGUCUGCCUUCCACGGUCGCCUCUUUGGCAGUCUGUCCACCACCCGCAGCAAGCCCAUCCACAAGCUUGACAUCCCUGCCUUCGACUGGCCUCAGGCCCCCUUCCCCUCCCUCAAGUACCCCUUGGAGGAGCAUGCCGCAGAGAAUGCCCAGGAGGAGCAGCGCUGUCUGCAAGAGGUGGAGCGCUUGAUCAAGGAGUUCCACAACCCUGUCGCGGCCGUGGUGGUGGAGCCCAUCCAGUCUGAGGGCGGUGAUAACCACGCCUCUCCUGCUUUCUUCCAGGGUCUCCGCGAUAUCACCAAGCGCCACAAUGUUCUCUUCAUUGUUGAUGAGGUGCAGACUGGUGUUGGUGCCACUGGAAAGUUCUGGGCUCACGACCACUGGAAUCUGUCGACUCCUCCCGAUAUGGUGACCUUCUCGAAGAAGGCUCAGACCGCCGGUUACUACUAUGGAAACCCGGCUCUGCGCCCGAACAAGCCUUACCGUCAGUUCAACACUUGGAUGGGUGACCCGGCCCGUGCCCUCAUCUUCCGCGGUAUCACCGAGGAGAUUGAGCGCCUGAACCUGGUUGAGAACACUGCCAUUACCGGUGACUACCUCUACGCCGGUCUCGAGCGUCUUGCCAAGCAGUACCCCGAGCACUUGCAGAACCUCCGUGGUAAGGGCCAGGGCACCUUCAUUGCCUGGGACUCUCCCAAGCGUGAUGAAUUCUUGGCAAAGGCCAAGGGCGUCGGUGUCAACAUCGGGGGAAGCGGCCUGAGUGCCGUGCGCCUGAGGCCCAUGUUGAUCUUCCAGAAGCACCAUGCUGAUAUCCUCCUGGAGAGCGUCGAAAAGAUUAUCAAGCAGCUGUAAAGCAGCUUGAUUUCCUUCUUUGAGUUUGUUCCUAUCUGAUAUUUUUGUGACACGAAAUCUGGCGUUCAUUGGUACAUUGGGCGGAUUGGCAUUUUGCUGGGGUUAUUUCUUGUGUUCUAUUUCAGCCCAGAUUCAGCAAGGUAUGGAUACGACUCGGGAUGACUUGAUGUCUUACAUGUUACGUUCGCAUCCGAAAUAGCAAUUGGAUGCCGUCAAAAUGACAACAUUGAGUUAUUCAUCUAA